ACUUUUAUGCCACAAAUAGCAAAACUCACCGGCGGUCACACAGCACAAUCUUCUUUCUUCUAAUAAUUUCCAUUAAACCAAACUCACAGAGAGAGAGAGAGAGAGACAGAAAAGUGAUUGAUGAUGGCAUUGGCAGCAGCGGUGGCACACAAUGAUAAUCUGAUGACGACGGUGACGAUUCGGGUCAUAGUAGUAGGGGGCUGGCUCUUAGCAGCUCUACUGAUGAUGCUGCAUCAGGUUCAGGAGGUGCAAGGCAUGGAGAGACACUACAAGUUCAAUGUGGUGACGAAAAAAAUAAGCAGAUUGUGUUGCUCAAAGCCAAUUGUAACGGUAAAUGGCAAGUUCCCUGGACCGACUAUAUACGCCCGAGAGGAUGACACCGUUCUAGUCAAAGUGCUCAACCACGUCGACUAUAAUGUCAGCAUUCACUGGCAUGGUGUUAGACAACUUCGGACAGGAUGGGCUGAUGGACCAGCGUACAUAACCCAAUGCCCAAUCCAACCGGGACAGGUCUACACAUACAAUUUCACGGUCACGGGCCAAAGGGGCACGCUUCUGUGGCAUGCCCAUAUCCUCUGGCUUAGAGCCACUGUGCACGGUGCUAUUGUCAUCCUGCCCAAGAUAGGCGUUCCAUACCCAUUCCCCGAUCCCCACAAAGAAAAACUGGUGAUAUUAGGUGAGUGGUGGAAAUCAGAUGUCGAAGCUGUGCUCGAUGAAGCCGUGAGAUCUGGAUUAGCUCCCAAUGUCUCCGAUGCUCACACCAUCAAUGGCCACCCGGGUCCUAUCUCCUCUUGCACACAACGGGGCUUCCGCUUAUCUAUAAAGCACGGGAGAACGUACUUGCUCCGGAUUAUCAAUGCUGCACUGAAUGACGAGACCUUCCUGAAGAUAGCCGGGCACCACUUCACAGUGGUCGAGGUCGAUGCAGCUUACGUGAAGCCCUUCAAAACUGACACUAUCUUGAUCGCACCAGGACAGACGACCAACGUCCUCCUGACUGCCGACCAAGACCCAGGGAAGUACUUGAUCACGGUCUCACCCUUCAUGGACUCCCCCAUCGAUGUGGAUAACGUUACUGGCACAGCCAUAUUGGAAUAUUCAGGAGUCCCCAAGUCAGGCGGCCCCACAAUCAUUACCACCCCACCGCCCAAGAACGCCACCCCGGUCGCAGCUGACUUCAUGAACUCCCUCCGAAGCUUAAACUCGGGAGCCUACCCUGCGAGGGUGCCGCUAGAGAUCGACCACUCUCUCUUCGUCACAGCUGGGCUGGGGAUCAACGCUUGUCCAACCUGCCCCACCAAGAAUAGGGUUGUGGCCUAUAUGAACAACGUGACCUUUGUGAUGCCGGAAAUAGCCCUCCUCCAAGCCCAUUACUACGGCAUCAGAGGUGUCUUCACCGAUGACUUCCCCGUGAAGCCACCAACGGAGUACAAUUACACGGGGACUCCGCCAAAGAAUCUCAACACCAUGAAAGGGACGAGGCUUUAUAGGCUCAACUACAACUCAACGGUUCAGAUAAUUUUACAGGACACGAGCAUGAUUGCGCCUGAGAAUCAUCCAAUUCAUCUCCAUGGGUUCAAUUUCUUUGCAGUGGGAAGGGGACUGGGAAACUUCAACCCCGAGAAGGACCCAAAGAAGUUUAAUCUUGUUGACCCCGUGGAAAGGAACACGGUCGGGGUGCCAUCUGGUGGAUGGACUGCAAUCAGAUUCAGAGCUGAUAAUCCAGGGGUUUGGUUUAUGCAUUGCCAUUUAGAAGUGCACACGACAUGGGGACUUAAGAUGGCAUUUGUUGUCGACAAUGGAAAAGGGCCUGACCAGUCUCUUCUCCCACCUCCUACUGACCUUCCCAAGUGCUGAGAAAGAAAAGAAAUUCAAGUAGCACUAGCUUAAUUAGCACAAUAUUAAUUAUCUUCUACUUUUUCUUUCAUCGCACGUACAAAAAAGCUUUUUCUGUUUUUUUUUUCCUUUUUUUUAAAUAUAUAUUUUUUGCUCCCUUAUUUUCGUAUUGUUCAGAUGGAGUAUUGUAGCAAAUUUAUGGAGAGUGGUCCUGUUUGUAAA